AUGACAUCAAACAACCAGCCACAUCCAUACAUAAAGUAUGAUCCAUCGCUCCCCGGCCUCAAGAAGUAUCGAUGCACUGUGUGCUCAGGUUCUAGAGGUAUGCGAGAAUACGAGCGACAUGUUCUCUCACUGCCACAUGCAGACGCGGUGGCACGCUACAUUGCACAAGAGCAACAAGAUGAGGCCGACCAAAUUUUUUUUCAACAAGCAGAGUAUUCAAUCCCACCUAUUGAACACUCUUCACCCCCAAGUCCAACACCAAACAAUCCUGAUGGUAACAAAGACACACCAGACCGGCGACCAUCACCCCUCUCAUUCCUGCGCAGCCUGGAGGAUGGAGACCCUCUUGGGUUAUACGAUGACUCAGAUCACUCAGACGACGGAAUCGAUUUUAAUAGCCUUCGACUGGCGUUUGAAGCGCUUGAGGACAAACAGGAGGAUGACGGGUCUGAACAUGGUUCUAAGUUGGCCCAAUCUUUUGGCCUUUCUCUAACACCAGGAGGUGGUAAGGAGUUUGUCAUGGGAGGACUGGAGAAACGUGGACCAACUCCGUUAUGUGUGCAGCAAUCUGGUUCAGACUUUAACUGGCAAUCUUUCACAAGUGUCACUUUGCACAACGGCCAAAAAGUCGAAGCUAAGGAUUUCAUUGUGCAAACAAGUCAAUUGGACAAGUUGAUUCGAUAUGGAAGCAGCAAGGUGUUGCUUCAAGUUCAAGCUAAGGUAGUGUUGAAAACUUGCACCAGAGGGCGUAUCGUCCCUUAUUAUACAAUGCGCGAGGUGGUGUUAUCUGAUGAAGUGCUCAAAGCAAACAAGUCAAUUGGACAAGUUGAUUCGAUAUGGAAGCAGCAAGGUGUUGCUUCAAGUCAAGCUAAGGUAGUGUUGAAAACUUGCACCAGAGGGCGUAUCGUCCCUUAUUAUACAAUGCGCGAGGUGGUGUUAUCUGAUGAAGUGGUAUGCAAAGAUGUCAAGCUACCGGCGGCAUGUGCUCGGCAUUGUUAA